AUGCAGCGCAACCGCGUGCGGCAAUUCAUCGACAAGUAUGCGUACUUUUUUUUGCUGCUCGGAUUCAGGGCGUCGAGCGCUGCGUACAACAUCAUCCAUGACUGCGACGAGACCUACAACUACUGGGAGCCGCUCCACUACCUGGUGCACGGCUCGGGAAAGCAGACGUGGGAGUACAGCCCCAAGUACGCACUUCGGCCGUACCUCUACCUGAUUAUCCACUGGCUCGUGGCAUAUCCGGCCUCGGUUCUGGCUUCAGCGCUCGGUCUGCCUCGACGGGUGCCCUUCUAUGCGGUCCGGGUCGUCCUCGGCGCGCUCUCUGCCGCGGCCGACGCGGCCGUCGUGGCGGGCGCCGGCCAUGUGUUCGGAGAGGACGUGGAGAGCUCAGUCUACCUCGCCAUGCUCAGCGCCGGCUCCUAUGUGUCCUCGACAACUCUGCUGCCCAGCACGUUCUCGAUGUACUUCAACGCCGCGGCGCUGGCGGCGCUGCUGUACGGGAAAGGCCGCCUCGUGAUCGUCUGCUCCGUCCUCGGCGUCGUGCUGGGAUGGAACGUCGCCGUCAUCUCAGUUGCUCCGUACGCGCUGUACGUGCUGGCCACGGAGGCCUUCGUGCCGUCCCUGGUCACCGCCGUGACGACCUUCACGGCGUCGAGCCUCGCGGUCCUGGCGACGGACACGCUGUUCUACGGCAGGCUGACAUCGUCGGCAGUCAACUUCCUCAAAUACAACGUCGCGGGCGGAGGCGACAGUUCCCUAUACGGCGUGGAGUCGUGGACGUUCUACCUGCGAAACGGGCUGCUCAACUUGGGGCCGGUGCUCCCCGCGGCGCUCCUGAUGCCUGUUGCCGCAGCGUGCUGCGCGCUUUUGCGCGGCUGGAGCAACACGCCUGCAUCGCUGCCUGGAAAGGCACCGGCGUGGGGAACGGUCGCCGUCGCCGCGGUGGCGCCUGCGUACGUCUGGCUGGCCGCCAUCAGCGCGCUGCCGCACAAGGAGGAGCGCUUCCUGUAUCCAGUCUACCCGCAGCUGUGCCUGGCUGCAGCCCUGGCGCUCUCCAUGCUGCAAUCUGCACCAGAGCUUUUGUGGCGCUGCGUCUCGCGAGGAACGGCGACGAAGCGCGGAGGCGACGAAGGAACUCUACCAGGCGCUGUGCGAAGGGCGAAAGGAAUCGCGAGCUUCGCGGUCAACGCGUUCUUCAUGGCACACGCCGCUUUCGCAACUGCGCGCGUCCGCGCGUUGUUGCGCUACUACCGCGGCCCCAUGGACCUGAUGCAGUCGCCUAUCUUCGCCCAGGACGCGCAGCGGUUCGACGCCCGGCCGUUCCGGUGGAUCAGCGUCUGCUUGGGCACCGAGUGGCACCGCGUGCCCCCCUCCUUCCUGCUGCCCGACGAGAGGAUGCGCUACUUCUUCCUCGAGACGGCCUUCGACGGCGCGCUGCCCGGGCACUUCUCCGAGCCAGACCUGCACGUGCGCUCGAUCUUGGAAGGGACGGCGACGGCCGAUGAGUGGCUGAACGACAGGAACCUCGCGGCUGCUGCGCAACACAUCCCAGGGGGACUGUUGAAUUGCGACUACCUGGUGCUGACGCUGCCGCACGAGGUGGCCGGGAAGCAUACGGCGGGCCUGCAUAUCGAGGGGCACUCGGCCCCGCUCGGGGUGCAAUGGGGCGUCACGGAUGAGGAGCACCAUGCUUUGAACGUGCCAACCUGGUGGAAAGUCAUCGACUCGGAGGAUCUGCUUCUGCCACAGCACAACCCGAUGCCCACCCUGUACCGCGCGUUGUAUAUUCCCUAUCUCUCGGACGAGCAUUACAAUCCCUCGCAUAUCGUGCUCCUGGCCCGGCAGCACGAAACGCCGAACGAGGCGGCGGACGACACAGAGCUGGGCGAGGAUGGGGCAGGCAGUGCACGCGAGGGUGAGGACGACGUGGAGCGCGACGGCUCGACCGGGAAAGAUCCGAUCGUGUACGCGGAGGAUGGCAGGUACAUGCUGAAUGGGCAGCGUGAUUGGGAGGAGGGCAAGCUGGCGGAGAGCGUGCAGGGCAGGAAGGCGGUGAUCGUUGGGACGGAUAUGGCGGACACAAGUCUCCCGAAGGGGGAGUUCCAGCAAAUACUCCGGGAGGGUCCGGAGCGAGAGGUCAGGGCGGACAGGCAGUGCUCUCACAAGCCAACAGGUCCAGUCGCGGAGUCUGAGGUGAGAAGGUACGCCGGUGCUGCGGCCAAGGCAUCAAAGAAGCAAAAACAGCGGUUGCACGAGGAGCUGUGA